GUUCUUACAUGUGCCUCUGCUUUUAGUUUUAGGACACGAUAUAAGUAACCUACAAGACAUCAGAGGGAAAAACCCUUAUUAGGUUAUUAUUAUAUAAUAAAAACUAAUUUAAUGAGUUGCAUGAAUGAAUCCAUUUAAUUGAUGCCAUCCUGUAUUUUGUGCACAAAUGGAAGAAUACCUGACACAUUAGGAAUUGCAAAGAAUUAUUAUGUAAUUCUGAAAGUGUGUGUGUUUUUCCAGGCUGUUAAUGCGGUCUUCCACUGUGUGUAUCUGAUGGAGUGUCUCCUGAGGAUGUGUGUGGAUCCGCGGGGAUACUGGAGGAGUCCUCUCAGUGUGUUGUCUGUGUUUGUGCUCCUGCUCUCCUCCGUCUGCAUCGGUCUGAGCGCUCCUCUGAAGCACCUGGUCUGCAUUUACGUCCUGCUGGUCUUCAGGCUCAGGAAAUACACCGACGUCGAGAAGGUCGUCGCGUGACAAGUUCUCCGUCUCAUUGUGUUUCAUUUCUACAAUCAGAGUUUGUGGUGUCUUUCAGGAGUACACUGCAGGGGUCUGGAGGGGUCUGAAGAAAGCCAGCUUGGUCUAUUGCUUGAUCUUUAUGAUCAUACUGGUUUUCGCAAUGGCAGGUCACUUGUUUUUUGGAAACCCAAAGAGAGAUCCAGAACACUGGGGAGACUUUGGCCUAGCUCUGUUCACGCUCUUCAGACUGCUCAUAUUAUACGACUGGGCGAAGGUGCUUCAGGUCCUGGACCGAGCGGGUGUGAGAUACAGCAGCGUCUUCAUCAUCGGGUUUAUUAUUACAUGCUACUUCAUUCUCCUCGUUACAGCCAGAGCUGUUUUCAUCAAUGAAAGCCGGGGUGCAUUUGGGAAGGCAGCAGAAAGGAAGAAACGAGUGCGUCAAGACGAGGUCAAGAAGAAGGUGGAGGAGGUGCUGGAAAGGGUUAAACAGCACUAUGCCCCAAAACUCAGGAGUGUGAAGGAACUCAAAAGGCCCUUGUGUCGUGAUCGAUUUAUUUAUGCACAGGACAAGAUCACUAGUUCUACUUUCAUAGAGACAUUUAUGCAGCAGCUGAAUAAACGAAAACAAACCGUGUGUUAG